AUGGUUGAGGCGUCGCAGGCGCCUGUGCAGACUGAGCCAGUGGAUCUGAGCUUAGGAGGAAAGAAGUCGUUUAUGUCAUCGGGGGUGAAGGCGAGGAAGGGGAAGAGAGAUCAUCACCACUAUCUACCACCCGAGGUGGCUUACGACCCUCCUGCCUAUUUUCCCUUGAUUCCCCCUUCUGCGGCAGGGGUGGUACACCCUGGGUUCAUCCCGGGUGCACCCCCCAUCUUCCCCCCGGCCCCUUUUUUCCGCCUAAAAGCCGCGGCCGGUUUCCCGCCUUUGCACCUCGGCCUCGGCUAUCACUUCCUCACGGAGAACGAUGUAGCCCUGUCGAACUGCAACUCGGAUUCCCCUCCUUCUUCCAAGCCUUCAUCCCCCAGCUCCCGACGGACGCUUCGGGAUUCUUCGCAUUCUCCUGGUAAGAAUCCCUUUGUCCGACAGACAGAUUACGCAUGGGAUCGAUCAUAA